UCUUAAUUUUUAUAUGAACUCUCGGAGUAUUCCUUGCUCUCAAGGGAGCAUAGGGAGGCAUAGAGAGUGUUCUGGUCAAGAUUGCUGAGUGAGCACAUGCAGAGAUCUCUCUUUCCAUUUCAAACAGAUAAAACUAAUGAAUGAAAAUUAAAAGUUUAGAUAAAAGGACACAUGGCCAGCUACGGACCAGGGAUGGAAAAGAUAUGUAAUAGUAAGGGGGUGGGGAAAGCUUGCCUUGUCCUUGUCAGGAGAUUGCAGGUGGGCUUCCUACAUGAAGCUGUGGGAUGGAUGAGGCUCCCCAUCUAUGAGCUAAAGUUGAAAUAAAUUUGCCCAAACACCACUAGAAAGUCUCAUUUGCCUGUGGCCUGGGGAAAAAGUGGAGGUACCUGUUGGACAAUAGGAACUGGGCCCAGACGCUUUCAGGUAUGGGAUCUUAGAGAGGCAACAACUCCCAACUCCUAACGGGGGACCAAGUUUAAGUUGUACAGCCUAGAUGAUGGGGCUAAAAGAACCAUGAAACCACCAUGGCAUCAUGAACUGGCCAUGGCAGUUAGCAUUGUUUAGAGGAAAAUUAUUCAAGAUAAAAGGAAACUCCUGCAAGGAAAUCUGCCAUGAAAUAAUGAUCAGAACUAACAAAUGGGAGAAUUCACACCCAAGGAAAUAGAAAUAGUGGAGCAAUCUCAAAAGGGAUUUAACAUGUUUUCGAUUUUCAAAAAGAGAAGACACAGAAUAACAUCCUUGAAAGAAGAACACCUGGUUAUGAACAUGAACAGUUAGCUCCAUGAAAAAUUAAAGUUGGGAAUCUUGACAAUGAAAACUAUAAUGAUUGAAGUUCAGGAGGUCCAAUAAUUUGGAUAAGCGGUAAACUAGACAAGCUGAAUGAAUUUGUGAAUGGAAAGAUAGAAAUGAGACUGAUCACAAAAUGCAGGACAGAGAAACAUGGCGUUAGAAAUCAAGAGGGCAAUGUGGAUUGAGGAGGUGCAGUGUGGGUCCAGUAGGAAUUCUAGGAGAUAGUAGAAAAGAUAGGAAAUAGAUAAGGCUGAGAAUUUCCAGACUUGAAGAAAAACAUGUGCCUUCAGAUCAAAGAAACUUAUGAAGUAUCAAAUAAAUCAACUCCUAGUUAUAGUAAAAGUGUAGAAUGUUAAGGAUAAAGAGGAAAUCUGGAAUACUACAGAGAGAUUACCUAUGAAAAAUGAUAAUCCAAUGGUAGCCAACUUCUUGGCAGCAAUAGAAGCUGGAAAACUGCAGAAAAGGUGCUGAGGGAAAGCUAUUGUCUACGAACUCUGUAUCCAGCACAACCGAUUCCAAAGAGGAGGUGAAAUACAGACAUUUUCAUACAUAUGGGACCUAGUGUAUCAAGAAUAACUUUGGAUGAAAGUAAUAGUAUACCCAACUAGCAAUGACUAACCAAUAAGGGCAUUUAAUAACUAAGUAAUAAUAAAUCUGGGGUGAAAGAUUCCAGAAUGGUUGAUUGGCUUGAUAAUGGGUUAGCUAUUUGUGUAGUUCUCUAUUUCAAGAUGGCUACAUUACUUUCCAGCAUCAUGCCUUAUAUAAUAGUAAUCAAAGUAGGAAAGGAAGUGGCGAGUAAAAAUGGGCCUUGUUGUGUGCUACCGUCUGAUUUAUCAGGGAAGAAAGUCUCUUCCAGAAUCCCUUCUACAGAAUUCCCCUCAAAUUUCAUUGGCCAGAGCUAGGUCAUGUGCUUAUUACUACUUCAGUCACCAGCAGAAGAAAUAGGAAUGCUGAGUGCUUGGACCACCAUGUUUUAUCCCCUGGGACCAAGCCUUCACCACCCUAAUGAAUCAAAAGUUUAACUGUGAGGAAAAAGAAGCAGCAGUCAGGCUUCCACACAGGGUCAAUGGUUGCCUUUCUCUGGCAAAAAAAAAAAAAAAAAAAAAAAAAAAAAGUAACAUUUAAGGAUUAUUGUACUAGUUUGACAAUAUAAGGGAUUCUGAUGGAAUGGAAAUUUUUUGUGUGUUCUGCAUAGACUUUUUUUUUUUUUUAAGUUUUAUUUACUUUCACAUUGAAAUGGUUCCCAAGUGUCUUUUGGCAGCUAGAGCAUUCAGCUACUUUGCUGUAUCAGGUGGCCCUGUGAUGUUGAUGUUUUUUCACCAAGACAGUGUGAAGAAACAGGUCCUAUGGCAGCGUGUACAAGGCUAUUCACAAAGAGACUGGUCAGAUUGUUGCGAUUAAGCAAGUUCCUGUGGAAUCAGACCUGCAGGAGAUAAUCAAAGAAAUCUCUAUAAUGCAACAAUGCGACAGCCCUCAUGUAGUCAAAUAUUAUGGAAGUUAUUUUAAGAACACAGACUUGUGGAUCGUUAUGGAGUACUGUGGGGCUGGUUCUGUGUCUGAUAUCAUUCGAUUACGAAAUAAAACGUUAACAGAAGAUGAAAUAGCUACAAUAUUACAGUCCACACUAAAGGGACUGGAAUACCUUCAUUUUAUGAGAAAAAUACACCGAGAUAUCAAGGCAGGAAAUAUUUUGCUGAAUACAGAAGGACAUGCAAAACUUGCAGAUUUUGGGGUAGCAGGUCAACUUACAGAUACGAUGGCCAAACGAAAUACAGUGAUAGGAACACCAUUUUGGAUGGCUCCAGAAGUGAUUCAAGAAAUUGGAUACAACUGUGUGGCAGACAUCUGGUCAUUGGGAAUAACAGCUAUAGAAAUGGCUGAAGGAAAGCCCCCAUAUGCUGACAUCCAUCCAAUGAGGGCAAUCUUCAUGAUUCCCACCAACCCCCCUCCUACAUUUCGAAAGCCAGAACUGUGGUCUGAUAACUUCAUGGAUUUCGUGAAGCAGUGUCUUGUAAAGAGCCCUGAGCAGAGAGCCACAGCCACUCAACUCCUACAGCACCCGUUUGUCAAGAGUGCCAAAGGAGUGUCGAUACUGCGGGACUUAAUUAACGAGGCCAUGGAUGUGAAGCUGAAACGCCAGGAAGCCCAGCAGCGGGAGGUGGACCAGGACGAUGAGGACAAUUCAGAAGAGGAUGAGAUGGACUCUGGCACGAUGGUUCGAGCAGCAGGUGAUGAGAUGGGCACCGUCCGGGUGGCCAGCACAGUGACCGAUGGAGCCAGCACUAUGAUCGAGCAUGGGGACACGUUGCCGUCACAGCUGGGCACCAUGGUGAUCAACGCAGAGGAUGAGGAAGAGGAAGGGACUAUGAAAAGAAGGGAUGAGACCAUGCAGCCUGCAAAACCAUCGUUCCUUGAAUACUUUGAACAAAAAGAAAAGGAAAAUCAGAUCAAUAGCUUCGGCAAAAGUGUACCUGGCCCCCUGAGGAACUCCUCAGAUUGGAAAGUGCCGCAGGAUGGAGACUAUGAGUUUCUUAAGAGUUGGACAGUAGAGGACCUUCAGAAGAGGCUCCUGGCCCUCGACCCCAUGAUGGAGCAAGAGAUCGAAGAGAUCCGGCAGAAGUACCAGUCCAAGAGGCAGCCAAUCCUGGAUGCCAUCGAGGCUAAGAAGCGGCGGCAGCAGAACUUCUGAGAAGGCCCGGCCAGGAGGGCCCCAGCCUGCGCACCAGGCCUUCGGUGAACCCUGGCUGCUCGCCACUCAGGCUUGUCAGCCAACACUUCCGCCCUGUCAUUUUUCCACGGCACCUUCGCCUCCGUGAACUCAGGAAGUGCACCAGUGGGAAGGGCUGCCUGCCGUCAGCGCGCCAUCUUGUGUAUGUAUUUAAAUCGAUCAGUUAUAUUAUUUCAAAGGAUUCAUAUCAGCGCUUUUAAACUCAGAGUUUUUAACCCCAGGAACAGAGACUCCUAGAUGAGUGAUAGCUGGGAAAGUGUUACAUGUUGUCUUGUCUUUCUUCUUCCAAUAGCUUUCGAUUGUUCUUUCUGGAAAACUUUUUAAAAAUAUAUAAAUAUGCACAUAUAUAUAAAUUAUAACUGGAUUCCCCACUGAGUAUGGUGGUGGCAUCUCUGUACAGGUACAGUUUUAAACAGUUGGCCUCUUUUCUGUAAGAUUAUGGUACUGUGGGACACGAGGGCAGGGGACAGCGGAAGGCUGUUGGGGUCACUCAGCUCCCAGGGGCCAACCUCACCCUUUUGCAGGGCUGCAAUUAAAAAUUAGGUUUGGGCCAGUUCUCUCCCCAUGGUUUGAGCCUUGGGUGGGUCAUCUCUGGCUUCUGGAGCCACUGACCAUGUCCACGGGAAAGCCUUGAGAGUUUGUGUUUACUUUUUGAGUCCCAGGAGAAGCCUGGCACCCUCUUUGUAAACUGCCCCUUGUGGCUUCAAUGCCUUUCAUCCAUUUCCACUCUCCCAACCGCCUAAAGUCACAGCACAGAUACUGCCCAGUGCCUUAAGAGGAGACGUGACCCUGUGCAGGAACGGGCCUGCCAGGUCCUCUCAGCAAACACGGGGCUGUGUGCAGGCCACAGAAGAGAAGGUGUCUUCGGACUUCUCAUUGAUCAUGUGAAGAUUGCACAGGGGCAUGCAUUUUGCUCCGCAUUCCUUACAGACAUGGGUAGAUGGCAUUGCUUUUGGUGAUCAUAUUCCAAUAUGUGACUGUUUUCUGUUUUUACUUUACUACUGAGGGGUCUGGAAAGGAUACCUGAAUAUCAGACUAAGAUCUGUUCUCCAGGAGGCUCCAUCUGGGCCCACAGAAUGCCACAACUGGAAGGGACCGUAGGCAUCUUCUGGCCCGAAUGAGGCUUGGAGAGGGGAAGUGACAUGGUGACAAGAUCACAAAGCAAGCUGAAGAGCUGAGACUAGACCAGAGCUCCUCACCCCUGGGCCCUGAUCCAAGAAGCCCCGUCCAAGGGGAGAAACCUGUGUCAGUUUUGGUUAAGUUUCCCCAAGAGGCCUACAAGGCAGACUUGGUCUUGCUUGGUCCCUUCAGAGGGCGACUGGCUCUGAAACCCCCAGGGGGAGCCUGAUGGUUGAGUCUCGGCCCUUCCAGAGCCCUGCAGCGCCUGCUGGCCAGUAAGAGGCACCAUGUGGGCAAUUUCGGGCCUAAGAUCAGAGGGCUUCACAGAACAGCACUGGCCAUUCCUCUGCAGCAUGGGCUCAAGGCCACAUGUCCUGUCAUCACACAGCAAAGAGUAGACAGUGAGGAAAGGCAAAUGUCUGCUCAUUUUUAAUUAUCCCCACACCGCGCCCCCCCCCCCCACGCCCCUGCUGGGAGAGCACUGACUGGGUUGCACCUAAGGAUAGUGUAAUUCAACUCCAUAAUUGCUUUUGCUUCCCAAACCUGGGAAUCAAUGGAAAGGCAGGGAAUGUUCCUCUUCUCUGGCCAGAUUCUGUUCUUUGCAAUUAAAGCAAGUUUUUAAAAAUGUAAGAGGCAGUGGUUGAUCUGCAGGGUUUGGCCAGUUAGGCAGUUAUGUGUUAGAUACAGAGAACAGAGGACGACUAGAGGAUCCCGCUAGAAUAAUCGAUGGCAGCUAAUAUUCAUUGACCACUUAGUAGACACCAGGCACUGAGCUAGGUGGGCUUUUUAUAUAUGUGAGAUCCAAACUUCAGGAUAACCCUAUAUGUUAAGUACUUUAUCUCCACUUCAUAGAUGAGGGAGCAAGUUCAGACAGAAAAAAAGUUCUUUCCCAGGGCAAUACAGCUAGUAAGUGGCUGAAUCAGGAUUCAUAGCAUCACCAUGUGAGACCAAUAUUUACAGGGAAAAGGAAAGUCACAAAUCUUUAAAACGAAGUGACCACCUUUCUCGCACAAAAUAAAUAACUCUCAUUGGCAUUUUUAGGCUGGGAAACAGCUGAGUUAGUAGUCAAGUCUGACAGCCAAGUGAGUCUCACCAACCACAGCACGGAGCGUGCAUUCCCCCACACCAUCUGCUGUGCUAACGAACAGGCCUGCCUCAGCCUCUUUCUCUUUAGAAAGGACUUUGCACUUGGCCAGACAGGAGAGGAAUGCCCAUUUCUUCCUUCCUAAGCUAGAUCCAAGUAAAAGAAGGUUUUCGUUUUUCCCCGUAAAUAUUCUUGGGUCAUGAAUCUUGAUCCGUAGUUUAUUUUCUUUCAGGCAUGUGUGCACCCACCAUGCUGGUCCAACAAAGAACACUGCUCACCAGUCUAGCGAGACAGAACCCUUUGGCCAGAAGUCAAUUUCUUUGGACCACAUACAUUUCCCGACAAGGUGUAUUUGUUUUCUAGUGACGGAAAGCCAGAGGAGCAAGUCCCAGUCAUUUUUUCCCCUUGAAUACCAACUACAGGCUAGGUCAGCUUGCUUUCAUUGAGUCCCGAACUUCAGUAAUUGCCUCAGCAUUUUUGACUCAAGUUUCCAGGGACUCUGCACCUCGCCUAUUCUCUACUUUUAAGAAACAAGGACCCUCACCUAGUUGUAGCCUAAAAAGAUUGAGAUUUGAGAUUUAAAAAUCUCAAAUUCUCCAAGAAUAUCUUGAUUGCUUCCUCAUCAGUAAUUAUGAAGAAAUUUCUCUUUUCCUUUUUUCUUUGUCCCUUCUCCCAGUCACCAACUGGAUGGAUGGAUGGAUGGAUGGAUGGAUGGAUGGAUGAAUGUUUGUCUGACUGGCUGGCUGGGGGCUGGCUGAUGAGUGACUGGAUAGAUAGAUAGAUAGAUAGAACCAAAAUUCUGAAGCCACUGGAGAGCUAUAGCUUGACUCCUUGAGACUGUGUAUUCUGAUCCAGGAAACAUUUCUUUAGCACCUGUCAGAUGCCAGAGAUUUAUUAUACCAUUUAAAACUCAGUAGCUCUUACCAAUAUCAGGAAUGAGAGAGGUGGCACCAGUAAGCUCCUACAGAUAUUAAAAGGCUAAGAACAAUAUCAUGAACAAUUUUAUGCUAAUAAAUUCAGUAACUUAAAUAAAAUGGGCGAAUUCCUUGAAAGAUACAAAACACCAAAGCUCAUUCAAGAAGAAAAUAGAUAAUCUGAAUAGCCUUAUAUCUGUUAAAACUUAAUAGCUCCGGGAGGUAUAGGUAUUACUGUCCUCUUUUUACAGAUAAGGAAACUGAGACUCAGAGAGGUGAAGUCUUUUAAGCUCAAGGUCAUGCAGCUAAAGUAUGGUGGAGCUAGGAUUCAAAUGCAGGUUUUCUGAUUCUUAUUCCAGUGCCCUUUCUAGCACACCACAUUGCCUCUAAAGACUGCAGCUCCUUAUUUCCUGGAAAAUUGUUUCUUCCCAGUCCUCAGCCUCCCACCCCAUCCUUUCUUAUGCACUCUGUGUUUUCAUCAGGAUUAUAUUCAUUGUAUUUGGACUCCAUGUUCUUUUUUGUGUCUGGGGAAAAAAAAAAUCUCCUCUACCAGCUUGCACUCAAACCAACUUGGAAAAAGCUUAAAUGCUGUUGCAGAUGUACAACUUAAAAAUGUGAAGUUUGUAGCUUUAACUUUUUGUAAUAAAAACUAAUAACACUGGCUUAAGUGCUGACUUGAAAUGCUAUUUUAUAAAGUUUGGAUGUAAAUAAUCAAUUGAGGUCAGCAGUUUGUAUAUGUAUGAAACAUAGCUUCCUCCCCUGCACCUUUUUUAAUUUGAGGUGCUUCCUGUGUGCUUUUAUGUUAGAAUUGUUGUUUUUCCUACUUCCUACACAUUGUCACCUUUGUUUUAAAUAAACUGUCCUUUGGAACACAA